AUGGUGAAAUCUGCAGCUUGUUCUUCUCCGUCACCGUCUCCGGUGACUAUAACGGUGACACCAUGUAAAGGAUCCGGCGACAGAAGCCUUGGAUUGACGAGUCCUAUCCCACGCGCCUCCGUCUCCAACAACCUAAACUCUCCUCUGAGCUCAAGAGGCCCGCGUCGCAACUCCCUUAGCGGCGGGAAUCGGAGAUCUAGCGGCGAAGGAAGAUACUGUUCAAUGUCGGUGGAAGAUCUGACGGCUGAUACCAACUCCGAGUGCGUUGUGAGCUACACUGUUCAUAUUCCACCUACGCCGGAUCACCAGACGGUCUUCGCUUCGCACGAAAGUAGUAUGGGUGAAGAAGAUGAGAUACUGCAGAAAGGGAAUUCACGGAACAGGAAUUUUCUCUCCGGGACGAUUUUCACGGGUGGGUUCAAGUCGGUGACUCGUGGGCAUGUCAUCGAUUGCUCUAUGGAUCGAGCUGAUUCGGGGAAGAAGUCGGGUCAGAUCUGUUGGUUGAAAGGUUGUGACGAGAAGGUUGUUCAUGGGAGAUGUGAGUGUGGUUUCAAAAUCUGUAGAGACUGUUACUUUGAUUGCAUCACAAGUGGUGGAGGAAAAUGUCCUGGAUGUAAAGAGCCAUACAGAGACAUCAACGAUGAUCAGGACACCGAGGAAGAGGAUGAAGAUGAGGCGAAACCGCUUCCUCAGAUGGCUGAUUCAAAGCUUGACAAGAGGCUCUCUGUUGUGAAGUCUUUUAAGGCCCAGAACCAAGCUGGGGACUUCGAUCACACUCGGUGGUUGUUUGAGACGAAAGGAACUUAUGGGUAUGGAAACGCUGUGUGGCCUAAAGAUGGGUAUGGAAUCGGGUCGGGUGGUAAUAAUGGUAACGGGUAUGAACAGCCACCAGAGUUUGGAGAGAGAAGCAAGAGACCUCUCACUAGGAAAGUCAGCGUCUCUGCUGCAAUUAUCAGUCCUUACAGAUUACUCAUUGCAUUGCGUUUGGUGGCUCUUGGAUUGUUCUUGACAUGGAGGAUUCGCCACCCAAAUCGAGAGGCAAUGUGGUUGUGGGGGAUGUCAACGGUCUGUGAGCUUUGGUUUGCCUUGUCUUGGCUUUUGGAUCAGCUUCCAAAACUUUGUCCGGUCAACAGAAUAACCGAUUUGAAUGUUCUCAAAGAACGCUUUGAAUCUCCAAACCUCAGAAAUCCAAAAGGAAGAUCUGAUCUUCCGGGUAUCGAUGUGUUUGUCUCAACUGCAGACCCUGAGAAAGAACCGCCUCUGGUCACUGCCAACACCAUCCUCUCCAUCCUAGCCGUUGAUUAUCCAGUGGAGAAACUCGCUUGCUACUUAUCUGACGACGGAGGAUCUUUGCUAACAUUCGAGGCCUUAGCUGAAACGGCUAGCUUCGCUAGCACAUGGGUGCCGUUUUGCAGGAAACACAAUAUAGAGCCAAGAAACCCCGAGGCUUACUUUGGACAGAAGCGUAACUUUCUCAAGAACAAAGUGAGGCUGGAUUUCGUGAGGGAAAGGAGGAGAGUGAAGAGAGAAUAUGAUGAGUUCAAGGUGAGAAUCAACUCAUUGCCUGAGGCGAUAAGGAGAAGGUCUGAUGCUUAUAACGUGCACGAAGAGCUAAGGGCUAAGAAGAAACAGAUGGAGACGAUGAUGGGAAACAAUCCUGAAGAAACUGUCAAAAUUCAAAAGGCCACUUGGAUGUCUGAUGGAUCUCACUGGCCAGGGACUUGGUCCUCUGGAGAAACCGAUAACUCUCGAGGAGAUCAUGCUGGAAUCAUCCAGGCAAUGUUGGCUCCUCCAAACGCAGAACCAGUUUAUGGAGCUGAAACAGAUUCUGAGAACCUGAUUGAUACAACAGAAGUUGACAUCAGACUACCUAUGCUAGUCUAUGUGUCGAGAGAGAAGCGGCCGGGUUAUGAUCACAACAAGAAAGCAGGAGCCAUGAAUGCUUUGGUCAGAACCAGCGCAAUCAUGUCUAAUGGCCCAUUCAUCCUCAAUCUUGAUUGUGACCAUUACAUCUACAACUCCAUGGCUUUGAGAGAAGGAAUGUGCUUCAUGCUUGACAGAGGUGGUGAUAGAAUCUGCUAUGUUCAGUUCCCUCAGAGGUUUGAAGGUAUCGACCCAAAUGAUCGUUAUGCAAACCACAACACUGUCUUCUUCGAUGUUAGUAUGAGAGCUUUGGAUGGACUUCAAGGUCCAAUGUAUGUUGGAACUGGCUGCAUCUUCCGGAGAACAGCUCUUUACGGUUUUAGCCCGCCGCGAGCAACCGAGCAUCAUGGCUGGCUUGGAAGAAGAAAGGUGAAGCUGUCUCUAAGGAAACCAAAAGCUACGAUGAAGAAAGACGAUGAGAUCUCACUGCCUAUAAAUGGAGGAGAAUACAACAACGGAGAAGAGAAUGAUGAUGAUGAUGGAGAUAUCGAAUCUCUGCUUCUCCCAAAGAGAUUCGGUAACUCAAACUCUUUCGUUGCUUCGAUCCCGGUUGCUGAAUACCAAGGGAGACUCUUACAGGACCUGCAAGGAAAAGGCAAGAACAGUAGACCACCUGGAUCACUUGCUGUGCCACGAGAACCGCUCGAUGCAGCAACAGUAGCUGAAGCAAUCAGUGUGAUUUCUUGCUUCUACGAGGACAAAACCGAGUGGGGCAAAAGAGUUGGAUGGAUCUACGGAUCAGUGACUGAAGAUGUGGUUACAGGGUAUCGAAUGCAUAACAGAGGAUGGAGAUCAAUCUAUUGCGUCACGAAACGUGAUGCAUUCCGGGGAACAGCUCCGAUCAAUCUCACGGAUAGGCUUCACCAGGUUCUGAGAUGGGCAACGGGAUCCGUCGAGAUCUUUUUCUCAAGGAACAACGCGGUUUUCGCAACCCGAAGGAUGAAGUUCUUGCAGCGAGUAGCUUACUUCAACGUCGGAAUGUAUCCAUUCACGUCGCUUUUCCUCAUCGUCUACUGCAUUCUUCCCGCGGUUUCGCUCUUCUCGGGACAGUUCAUAGUCCAAUCACUCGACAUAACGUUUCUGAUCUUCCUCCUCUCGAUAACACUCACCCUCUGCAUGUUAUCACUCCUUGAGGUCAAAUGGUCAGGGAUCACUCUCCAUGACUGGUGGAGAAACGAGCAGUUUUGGGUAAUAGGUGGAACAAGCGCACAUCCUGCAGCUGUUCUUCAGGGUCUACUCAAAGUAAUUGCAGGAGUUGAUAUCUCAUUUACUUUGACUUCCAAGUCAGCUACACCUGAGGAUGGAGACGACGAGUUUGCGGAUCUGUACGUUGUGAAAUGGAGCUUUUUGAUGGUUCCUCCGCUAACGAUCAUGAUGGUGAACAUGAUUGCGAUUGCUGUUGGGCUUGCGAGGACUCUGUACAGUCCGUUUCCGGAGUGGAGUAAGCUUGUCGGAGGAGUUUUCUUCAGCUUCUGGGUGCUGUGUCAUCUCUAUCCCUUUGCUAAAGGACUGAUGGGAAGAAGAGGCAAAGUGCCAACGAUUGUGUUUGUGUGGUCAGGUUUGUUGUCUAUUAUUGUCUCUUUGCUUUGGGUUUAUAUUAACCCUCCUGCUGGGAAACAAGACUUUUCUCAGUUUCAGUUCCCUUGAUUUAGGGUUUUUUCUUUUGUUUGUGGUACAAGGCAUGAAAGUUCUUCUUUCUCUGGCUUCAUGUUUGUAAUCAGAUUUUAUUAAAUACAGUUUUAUUUU